GAAUACAAACUAGUGUGUGUUCUUAGCGCGCGUUAUUUUUUCCAGAAGUCAUAUACAUUUUCAAAACAUUGUUCAACGAUUCUCACUCCCAAACUACUAAUCUACAAUGGCGAUUAAUAUCAAGUUCAAACAAUCUGAUCUAGAAACAAGUCUCGAAAAUCCAGCAAAAAUCCAUUUCGUGCCGGCCACUAUUGAAGGCGAUGGAUCUGCCAAAGUUGAACAGUAUUUUGAUUCCUACACCGAAGAAUUGGUGGAUAAAACUCUGGUCAACGCGCUACGCGGCUAUCCUUUGCGCGGAAAGGAAUUCACGCUACCGGAAGGUCACACCGCUGUAAUAUUUCAAGAAACACAAAAACCACUGUCAGCCGAGGAGGAUCGAAACUUCAGCUUUGCGGGCGCGUUUCAAAAAUUUACAUACUGGAAUUACGAUAAGAUUCCAUCGAAAAGUGAUCCAUUGGUAAAAGCGCUUGAUUGGAUGCAACUGUCCCAGGCACUUCACGAUCCGCUGUCAACAGAUGAAGACAAAAAGUCGGUGAUAAAGAAAGAAAAAUAAGUUUAAUAGUUAAUUUUGUUGUAUAUUAUUCAUUCUGUUUUGUUGUAUGUCACAUAAAGUUGUAAGAAUAAACA